GCCUGCGCAGUGGCUCACCCCGUGUCCCUGUAAAGAUGUCUGAGCAGGCGGGGAGGGAGCGGAGCGGAGGACCCGAAACAAACGGACAGAAACCACUACUCUCCGCACCAUAACCGCAUAAGAAGGUCGAUGUCAUUCUGACGAGCAGCUGAGAUGUCCAGUGACAGUCAGGGAUCGGUGAAAGGGGAGGCGGCCAUGAUGCAGUCUCCCUCUGUCUCCGCCCCCUCUCAGGGACCGCCCCUUUCUCCGUCCAGCACCGCCAAGCCACCUGAGCUCCCAGAUGAGCUGGUCCAGGCUGGAUGGUCAAAGUGCUGGUCUCGGAGGGAGAACAGACCGUAUUAUUUCAACAGAUUCACCAAUCAGAGCCUGUGGGAGGUGCCAGUGCUUGGUCAGCAUGAUGUCAUCUCUGAUCCUUUGGGUCUGAAUGCAGCGCCAGCAGAGGGUGGAGACAGUAACCUUGGUAACGGUCAGAGGAAGAGGAGGGGCUCUGAGGAGCAGGGGGCAGUGCCUAACAGCUUCAAACGAGCCAAGGUGGAGCCCACCACGCCCAUCUCUCCCAGCACCCCUGGGGUUAAGCCCUGGAGCUCCGCCCCAGAUGACAAACAAACCCAAUCAACCACGCCCACCACUCCCAGCCCUGCCCCUGCUCCCUACAGACCAGCUGUUGUAUACUGGGAUCUGGAUGUCCAGACCAAUGCUGUGAUCAGAGAGCAUCGUCCCGCCAACCACCUGCCUCCACACCCUGAGAUAGAGCUGCAGAGGGCUCAGCUUGUCACCAAACUUCGGCAACACUACCAUGAGCUGUGCCACCAGAGAGAAGGUAUUGAUCCGCCCCGGGAGUCAUUCAACCGUUGGUUACUGGAAAGGAAAGUGAUUGACAAAGGUCAUGACCCCUUACUGCCAAGCGACUGUGAGCCCGUCAUCUCCCCGUCCAUGUUCAGAGAGGUCAUGAACGACAUUCCCAUCAGGUUGUCGCGCAUCAAGUACAAAGAGGAGGCCCGGAAGCUGCUGUUCAAAUAUGCUGAAGCUGCUAAGAAGAUGAUUGACUCCAGGAAUGCGAGUCCAGAGAGCAGGAAGGUUGUGAAGUGGAACGCUGAAGACACCAUGAGCUGGCUGCGCCGAGAUCACUCCGCCAGCAAGGAGGACUACAUGGACCGUCUGGAGCAUCUGAGACAGCAGUGUGGACCUCAUGUCGCCGCUGUCGCCAAAGACUCCGUGGAGGGAAUCUGUUCCAAGAUCUACCAGCUGUCAGCAGAGUACAGCCGCCGCCUGAGACAGACACACCUGAGCCUGCUGCAGGACCCCCCGACAGAGGCAUGUGCGUCCCCCCAGCAGUCCCGCUUAGUCUACUGUUACCCGGUGCGUCUGGCGAUCCCCUCGCCUCCUCUUCCUCGAGUCGAGCUGCACUUCGAGAACGACGUGGCCUGUCUGCGCUUCAGAGGAGAGAUGGUCAAAGUCAACAGAGGUCACUUUAGUAAACUGGAGUUGUUGUACAGGUACAGCUGCAUUGAUGAUCCUCGCUUUGAGAAGUUCCUAUCCAGAGUCUGGUGCCUCCUCAAGAGAUACCAGGUGAUGUUUGGCACAGGGGUUAAUGAGGGGACAGGCCUGCAGGGGGCGCUGCCUGUGACGGUGUUUGAGGCGUUGAACCGACAGUUUGGCGUUUCCUUUGAGUGCUUCGCUUCGCCGCUCAACUGCUACUUCAAACAGUUCUGCUCGGCUUUCCCUGACACCGACGGCUUCUUUGGAUCAAGAGGGCCAUUCCUGUCUUUCUGUCCAGCCAGUGGCUCAUUUGAAGCAAACCCUCCGUUCUGUGAAGAGCUGAUGGAUACCAUGGUGACCCACUUUGAGGAGCUGUUGGAUCAGUCCUCUGAACCUCUGUCCUUCAUUGUCUUCGUCCCUGAGUGGCGUGACCCCGUCACCCCGGCUCUGACCCGUAUGGAGGGAAGCCGAUUUCUUCGUCACCAGCUGAACAUCCCAGCCUACGAGCACGAGUAUCGCUCCGGGAGUCAACACAUCUGCAAGAGAGAAGAGAUGUAUUACCGGGCAGUACACGGUACAGCAGUACUCUUCCUUCAGAACGAUGCUGGUUUUGCGAAGUGGGCUCCGACUCCGGAGCGUCUGGCUGAGCUGAUGGCGGCGUACCGGCCCUCCCCAUCGCACCCCUCCUCCUUGUCCUCUCCUGGCCCCGCCCACAUCACGCCUGGAGACAGAGACUCCGCCCCUAAGGCAGCUGAUCGGUUGCACAGCGCUGUGAUGUCACCUGGUGGCCAUGACAACAACAACAACAGUAGUAGUAGCAGCAGCAGCAGCAGCAGCAGCAGUCCUCGAGACAAGAUGGCUGCUGUGUAGGUGAGGCGGGGCUUACAGUGACUGCGUCCCUUCACCUGUUGGAAAGUUGUUUAAAAUUUCUCUGUCAUACCACGUUAGUUUGUUCUGAUCGUUGUCUCGUCUAUUCAGAUUGUCCCUCACCUGCACCUGUAGCACAUCCUCAGCUUCUGUCAAAAUACCCACAAUGCUGCUCUGCCGUUCCCCCUAAAACCUGACUUAAUCCUUUCUGUUGGCCUUUCCUGUGUUUACUCAAACUGGUUCAUCCACGCUGACAUCAGCUCUUCUCGUUGGUCAAAGCUCUGACAUCAUAGGUGUCAAGGCUCUUGUUGCUUAGCAACAAGGACUGCAGCCAACAGAUGUAGUUAAUCAGCGAGCAGCGACUUGUUGGAGCUCAAGCAAUAAAAAUCGUUUCAUUCACCUGUGAUAUCAUCUGUGAUGUCACUGCUCCUCUGCGUCACUGGAGGAGCUCUGGUUGGUCCCCACACCGACAGGGCUUGGUGAUCGGUUGACAAGGCAGCUAUUACUAUUUACUGGACUUUCUUUGUUGAGUCGGACAGAAUUCAGCGAAAUCCUGCUCCAGGAUCCAUGUCUUCAGGAUGGCCUGGCCAAUCAGUGUUUCAGAAGAUGAGCUUGUUCAGUCAGUGGUGGAUUGUGGGAAACUGAGUUUUCAACAUGCAGGAGGAGGCGAAGCCUUCACAGUCAGGUCAUAUUUUCUGGUGGAGGCCGACUCACAACUGGGACUCUGAGGUUCCUCUGGUGUCAUCAUUAAACAGGAAGUGUGAUCAGAGACAUGACAGAUACGACCACCACCACUGGAGAUGAGGCUCCAUGUUAAGUUAAAUUGUGAAGUGUGAGGAGUUCUUGCUAUAAAAGUCUGGUUCCUCUUUCAUAGGCAGGGCAGAAUGAGUUGGAUUUGUCAGUUUGUAAAACACAAAGAUGCCCACCCACCCGACCUUGUGGAUUGUAUGCUAACAAUCUGACAUGUGGUCACCAUGUUUUAAGAGUCCCAUCCUCACACACUGUGGACUCCGGCUGCAUAUCCGCUGCUCCAUGGCUGACAGCCAGAAGAGUCCUGAAUGUGCUAACGUCGGGACAUACAGACUGAGUGCAGGGUCUGUACAGAUGCAGACACUAAGUUGUAAUGAUUGUAGUGACGAUUGAGAGUCUGAACAUUGUGGGGGGAAAAACAUACUCAUCCUGCCUUUAAGGUUCUGUAUGUAUAGACAGAAGCAGAUGUAAUUAUACUUUAUUUUGACAUUUUAUUCUUAAAGUAUUUGCAAUUUUAAAAAUUUUACUUUUUCUCAAAUACUUUUAUUGAAUUCAACUUUUGUUCACGACUGUGCACCUUUUGCCUGUAAUUUCUAUGAAUUUUUCUCAUGUAUGACGUAUUUUUUGGACAUUUAUCUUGGAAUAUUUUGACUGUAUUUUGUUAGUUCUUUUUUUCAGUGGCGUCAGUACAAUAAACUCACCAACAUUCAAUUCAUGAAAAGAAAUCUCUAAAAAAAUUAAAAAUGGCGAAAAAUAUUUGAGGGACCAGCCGCUCCUCACACUUCGUAACUCGUUACCAGUGGCUGAUAAUCUGUCUUCUGAUUGGCUAAUGAGUCAUCCUAUCAGGCAUCUGUCUCCUUGUGACAUCAUUUUCUGCCCCAACAGCAGCAGCAGCUGUGUAGAUAGUGUACAGUUAAAUGAUAUGAAGUCUGUUAUUUUCCUCAUCUUCAGUUAAAUUGAUUGAAAAAAAAUGGUUUUUUUUAUUAUUUGAGUUAAUUUAACAUAUUUUUUAAAUAUGGAGAUCUGUUUUCUGUAUUAUACAGCCUAUGAUAGUUUGUUUUAAACUAAACCAAAGUGUUAUUAAGAAGAUCUAUAUCUUGUAUGUAAAAGUAGAAGUGUGUAUGCAUCAGUAAUGCUGAAGUCUAACCAGCACAAUACCCCCCUACUUUAUUUUUUUGAAUUCUCAGUUGUGUAUGUAAGUGUUUUAUGUAUUAUUUUUUUCAUGGUUUUUGGGUUAUCUUGGGUUUCUGUUGUGCAUGACACCUUAACUGAUCGUAUUCCUGAAUGUGUUUUUUCAAGCUGAGUUUAAAGUCGAGGUGCCCCUG